CAGAAGUAGGUGGUACUUGCAGUUUAUCACAUUGAGAAAGACACCCUGAGAGUGACACAUCCAUUUGACCAGAUUCAGUUUUAUCCAUGACAACAUGCAGGGAGAGACCAACAGAGUGUUAAGGUUGUGUUUCCGUCACAUGGCUCUGCUUAGAAGAUGUCCACAUUCGGGCCCUUCUCUACAAACAACAAGAUCCUUCAGCUCACUGAGGGAAGCUAAGCACAGAGGGUUGUUUUGGAAGACACUCGCUGGCCUCUCCAUCGGCGUACCUGUGGCAGUAGGAGUCAAAUAUGCAGCUUCAGAUCAAAAAGGAAGAAGAAAGAUGAGGAUUGUGAUAGAGGGAUUUGGUCGCUUCCUCAGAUCUCUCUCUGUGGGAAUCUUCAUCUCUGUGGAUUACUGGUGGACUACCAAUGUGUCUCUUCAUGGUGUUGAUGAGAACAGCCCAUCCUACCUCACUGAGAUGUCAGCAUGCCACCAGAGGGCAGCAGAGUGCAUGGUGGAAGGAGCCAUAAGGAAUGGCGGAAUAUACAUCAAACUAGGCCAAGGUCUGUGCUCCUUCAACCACCUCUUACCCCCUGAGUACAUCCGAACCUUACAAAUACUUGAAGACAAAGCCUUGAACAGGAGGUACAAAGAGGUGGAUGCUCUCUUCCAAGAAGACUUCAACAAAACGCCAGAUCAGCUUUUUAAAGCAUUUGACUAUGAUCCCAUCGCUGCUGCCAGCCUGGCCCAGGUUCACAAGGCAGAGCUUUUUGAUGGGACUCCUGUUGCUGUGAAGGUGCAGUACAUUGACCUCAGGGAUCGUUUUGAUGGUGACAUCAGAACAUUGGAGAUCCUGCUGGAUAUUGUGAAGUUCAUGCACCCCAGUUUUGGAUUCCGAUGGGUUCUUAAGGACCUAAAAGGCACAUUGGCACAGGAGCUGGACUUUGAAAAUGAGGCCAGAAAUUCUGAGAGGUGUGCAAAGGAGCUGAAGCACUUCAGUUUUGUUGUUGUACCCAAAGUUUUCUGGGAGCAAACUAGUAAGAGGGUGUUGACAGCAGAGUUUUGCCAUGGUUGCAAAAUCAACAAUGUGGAAGAAAUUAAAAGACAAGGAUUAAGUUUGAAAGAUACCGCAGAUAAACUGAUCCGAACAUUUGCUGAGCAAAUAUUCUACACGGGUUUCAUCCAUGCUGACCCUCAUCCUGGAAACGUUCUUGUGAGACCAGGUCCUGAUAAGAAGGCAGAGUUGGUGCUCCUGGACCACGGCUUGUAUGAAUACCUCAGUCAACGUGACAGAGUUGCCCUUUGUAAGCUGUGGAGGUCCAUAGUCCUGCGAGAUGACGCUGCAAUGCAGAAGUACUCCAAUGCACUUGGUGUCAAAGAAUACUUCCUCUUCUGUGAGAUGCUGCUGCAGCGACCCAUCAAUAUGCGCGAGCUGGGUCUGUCCAACAUCCUCAGCAGGGAGGAGACAGCCUACAUGCGUGAAAUGGCCAUGCAGCGCUUUGAAAGCAUCAUGCAGGUGCUGAAGGCAAUGCCUCGACCCAUGCUGCUCGUCUUCAGGAACAUCAACACAGUCCGCAGCAUCAACAUCACUCUGGGAGCACCAGUGGAUCGCUACUUUGUCAUGGCCAAGAGUGCGGUGCGAGGCUGGGGGAAGAUUCAGGUGGAGAGGACCGGGAUGCUAACCAGACUCUGGAUCUUCAGCUGGGCCAAGUUAACAUGGGAGAGCUUUAAGUUUGAGCUGGCCUUAAGAUGGGAAAUGGCAUCAAUGACUCUGACCCGCUGGUUCGUGAGCAUGCUAUCGUACGCAGGUCUUCUGUCUCUGGAUGCAGAAAUGUACGAGUACCUGAGAUAGCUCACAUGAGCAUGAGGAGCUAUUCCAAGCACACCCUAAUGCAACCCAACAGCUGUUCUCUCCUGUAGCAUCUCGAAAAGCUUCAGCUACUGGGACUACUCGAGGGUGAGCACUUCACACCAAAUUAUCCAGGACACUAGUGGGCAGACAUGACAUCUCCUUCACGAGAGAAUGUUUUGACCUGCAGGACCCAAAAGCACCAAACAUUCUUCAGUCUAAACUCCUAAAGGCUCGGAACUCAAUAUCGUGUUUUCAUUUUUUUAAUUUAAAUUAAUUUUUUUAUAUCUUUUUGGUAUUUUAAUACUUCAAACUGUUGUACAGCAAACAUAUUGACAUUUUAAUGAUUUUAGGCCAGUUUAUUAUUAACUAUCAGGAAACAUGAAUUGUGUCCUACAAUAUUUUGUAGCAGAUAUUUCUUUUUAUUGGAGCAAUACUUAUAAAUGGAACUCUGUGAUACAUAAUGCCAAACUGAUGUACAGACAAUACUGUAAAUCUGCAUACCUGCAGAGUCACAACCAACAUUUAAAAUAUUUAAUGGUACACCAUGGGUUGCCUUGAAAUUUCAGUGCUUCAAUAAAAAACAGCAGCUUUAAUAAUGGCAAUAAAUAAACCCUGUCAAGUCUACAGGGAAACAAGAAAACAACCUUUGUUUUGCAUCUCUUAUCAGUGCAGCUUGGAUUACAGUGAUGCUGUGUUGUCCCAUUUUCAGUUUCAAGAGUAUUAAAAUAGCAGCCCAGAGAAAGGGUUUUAAUUUAAUGUCAUUGUUAAUAAAAUAUUUAUCAUUUUUUUUAAUCAGCAGUCCUGUCUUUAUUAAAAGAGUGGUUCCCAACUGGAGAGUCAAUACCCAAGUGUGGCUCUUGGAUGUGA